UUUUUGGCUCUAGCGAGACACCGUAGGUCCAAGCCCUGUGUGUUUUCCUUUUGGUUUAUCUUCAAGCCUGCUAGAUAAGUGAUUCGAAAUAGCUUCAUAAUCUGGACUGGAGUUAUUUUUAGCUGGCGAUUAAAGUGUCGUUGGAGGGUAUUUGCUGUGCCCCUGUACCUAGAAAGUGUGUAAAUCCACUGAUCAGAGAGGCGGACCUAAUUAGGUCUGGAUUAGCCGCUCUUCGAGAACGCUGGAUGCUACAUUCCUAAAUCGCUCUACACAUUGGGCGUCAUUAGCAAUUUAGCCCGCUACCUAGCGAACACAAAUUGCAUAUCAUCGCUAGGUUUUUACAACAUGUCAUAUCGGAGGACAAUCAAACUCGUGUGUGGAUUCGCUGGCGGAUCAGCGGUGCUGGUUGUGGCGGCUGCCGCAGCGGAAUCCCGUGGCUAUUUCGGUGAUACGCAAGGAGAGCGAUCAGGUCAGUGGAGUCGGUUCAAUAUUCUCCAAGCUGCACAGCCAGCGACAUGGUCAACGGGGAACCACACGGUUGCAUCUACUGGACAUGCCUGGGACUUCAACUGGGAUAAGCGGGACCCGUCCCCACUGUUUACAAAUGGGAAGAAGAAGGAGAACAGCAGUGAAGACCCAAGCUCAGAGCAGGAGAAUGGCAAACCCAAAGCCACACGCAACAUCCUUUUCAUCAGGCACUCCCAGUACAACCUGAGUGGGAAUGGAGACCAUGAGAGAAUCCUCACCCCUUUAGGUCGGGAGCAGGCUGAGUUUACUGGCCAGCGGUUGGCUGCCCUGGGGCUGAAGUAUGACAUCAUGGUCUACUCCACUAUGGCCAGGGCCACCGAGACAGCCAACAUCAUCAGCAAGUACCUCCCAGGGGUAGAGCUGGUGAGCUGUGAUUUGCUGAGAGAAGGAGCACCCAUCGAACCUGUGCCUCCUGUUAAUCACUGGAAGCCUGACGCUGUGAGGUCAGAGGUCAUCUCAAACCCUCGCCUGACACCACCACUGUGGACCUCUACCGCUCUACAGCAGUACCACGAGGACGGGGCCCGGAUCGAGGCUGCCUUCCGUCGCUACAUCCACCGCGCUGACCCCAAGCAGAAGGAGGACAGCUACGAGAUCAUCGUCUGUCAUGCCAAUGUCAUCCGCUAUUUCGUGUGCAGGGCUCUGCAGUUUCCCCCAGAGGGCUGGCUGAGGAUGGGCCUGAACAACGGCAGCAUCACCUGGCUCACUGUGCGCCCCAGCGGCAGAGUGGCACUGAGGACACUGGGAGACUCAGGGUUUAUGCCCCCAGACAAACUCACACGGACCUGAGAAAUGUUCCACCUACAGUAUUCACUCGUUCUCUCCCGGGGAGCUUUAGAUUUCGGUCACAGGGUGAACUGAAUGGCUCUUGAUUUCUCCUUAAGUGUCUUGAAAGUUACUUUUGGUGUUAUUUUUGUAACUUCCGACAUGCAACAAAAUAUACUUUUAUGUGGUGUUUUGUCAUCAACUCGUUUGCCAACUACAGUGCAAAAGGGGAGUAUACAGUAUGAACUGUUGCUGUAGCCAAUCACUGAACUCCGAAAGCUGAUGGGGUGACUGCCAGUGCCCACUCAUUAUGAAUGUAAAGGGUAUAAGAGUUGAGGGACUGAAGGAUUUUAAAACCAAAACCAUUCUAAAUUUUUAUGGCAUAUUUACUGUAAUGCUGUAAAUGUUUAGAUAGUUGUAUUCAGUAGAAACAUGCAAUAAAGGAGACAUGUAAAUGUUGUGUUCCUCAGUAGUACGCCAAACAAGUACUCGUACAGUCUUAAAAUAAGGUUAGCUCAAGACUUAACAGCAAAUCCAAUGCACCUUAGUGUUGGCACUACAAAGCUUGAAAAUUACACAAUGUCAUUUGUUAGACAAGAGCGCCACCACCAUUUCAGGCAGUGACAAUGUUAGAAAGUGCUCAAAUGACAAUUCAAAGGUGAGGAAACUUGUAUUUAUUAGUCAAACGCAAAUGAGAAGAUCUGGACAUACAGAAGAGGGGAAAAUUUGCAAUAAAGGUCAACUUUAUGCCUUUAAAAUUAAGCACAGAAUGCCAAAGCACAAUAAGCAUGUUUAAGUAUUUAGGUGCAAUUUACAGAACACCACGUUCAUAAAACAGAAUCUAAUAUGUCACCUGUAAGCACAAGUACGACAGACAAUUACAAUACUCUCCAUGAAAUUUUGUGCCUUUGAUCAAGAUUUAAAUUCACAUUCAAUAUUACUCACAUCUCUCAUACUGACCCAGACUGACAAUAUAGUAAGGGUGAUUUCUAUUGAAUUGACAGCUGUUGACUUCUAGAUUAGCUUUGCUGGAAAACCAUACAUUUUACAGCAGUUUGUACAUCGACUAUUUUUAAAGGUGAUAGCAAUCUUCCUAGAGUUUGGCUAUUGCAGGUUCUUGCACAUACAUAUUCAGUCAGCCAUUGAUUAUACAUUAGUAAACAUGUCUUUGUUGCACUCUACAGUAAUCUGUUAUGUACAACUUGGUAUUUUUCGGACACAUUUAGAAAAGCCAAGCUUUCAAGAAGUUAAGCUUUCAGGUUUUGUGUAAGACUGACAGUCGUUAGAGAAGUAAAAUGUCAAGACAACACAGAAAUGACCAGGAUGCACAAAGAAACAUUGGUACCUGGAAAAUGAAAACAUUUCAAUUGAUUAAAUAACAAAAUAAAAGCAUGGAAAAACUCG